AUGACAACAUUAACAAUAGACUUUGAUGUCAUCCCCAAUCUCGCGGGCAAGCGUGUCAUUAUCACCGGCGCGUCAUCAGGUAUUGGGCUAGCAGCUGCAACGAUAUUCCAACAGAAAGGUGCAUGGGUGCUCAAUCUCGAUACGAACCCGCCACUGGAGGGAACUGCCGCUGGCAUCGAAUAUCGUAAAUGCGAUGUUAGCAACUGGAAAAGUCUGAAAGAGGCCUUUGCCUAUGCUGGUACUGUCGAUAUUGCCGUUUCCAAUGCGGGUAUCUCAGAGACUACUGACUUUGUGGCGGAAGCAUUCGACGGCGACUUUGAAACUCUCCAGGAACUAGAAUAUCGCGUGCUUGAUGUCAACCUGCGGGCUGUUAUCAACUUUACACGAUUGGCUCUGAAUCAUUUCCAUAAUAGGAAAUAUCCUGGUAGCAUCGUCAUUACAUCCAGCGCCACCGCAUAUGCUCCAGAGCAAUCACUCCCAGUAUACAGCGCGUCCAAGUUGGCCCUAAUCGGCUUUAUCCGUGCAUUGAGAUCCUCUAUUCGCCUUCAGGGCAUCACCAUCAACGCUGUCGCUCCUGCAGCCACCAUCACCAACUUAUUACCACCGCAUCUGGCGGCUCCCAUUAUUGCCGCUGGUCUGCCUAUCAGCACUGCCGAGUUUGUGGGAUUGGCUCUAGUUUAUUCGGCUACCGCAAAUCAGAGUGGAAUUGUCGAAUUGUACGGGAAGGAUGCGCCAGAGCUUCUCACGGCGGAAUCCAGAUGGCAUGGUCAAACCAUAUUGACAUUAGGACACAAAUACACUGAGCUGGACGGCCCUAUUGCUUCGCUGCGGCCACAAUGGUUUGGGGACGAAAAUACUACGCUUACUGGUCUACAGCAAGCGUCUACUGAUUUCCGUACCGGUGCAGCGCUGUUGUAA